AAAAAAAAAAAGCAAUAGGCAAUCGCACGUUUUGUUUCGAUUCUGGGAAGUGCAAAGCGCCAUAGCCAAAAUCUGGUUUCAGUGAGGGCAACAAUGAUGCAGAGAUGGUUGAUAAAGCUUCGUUCUUUCGCCGUUCAGUCACGCCAAGCUCUACCACCUCCAUCUUCUCGCCGAUUCCUCCACCACUUGCCACCGCAACCCCUUCACUCUGCUUCCACUAACCGCUCUUCUCGUCCUCCCUUCUAUUUCUCUUCGUGGUCUCUGCACGCAGUUCGUCCUUCCCCAUUUUCUCCCUCUUUGAUUCAAGUGCGGAAUGUAACUUCAAGGGAACGGAAGCUGAGAAGAAAGCCAAUGACUCCAGUUACUUCCAAGAUUAAGAAAAUCAAAAUGAAAUCUUAUUCGUCUUACAAGUCCAGGUUCAGAACAAUGAAUGAUGGAAAAAUCAGGCGCUGGAAGGAGGGAAAACGUCACAAUGCUCAUUUGAAGUCAAAGAAAUCAAAACGUAGAUUGAGACAACCUGCUAUUGUCCCAGCGGCUUAUGCCAAAGUAAUGAAGAAACUCAAUUUUUGUGGUUAGAACAUUGUAGGUUGCUGCCAGUUAACAGCAUGAAAGAGGAACAGGUCAGGUUUUGCUUUUUAACUCUGAUCACUGGUCCACUUUCACAUUUUAUAAUCUGUAGAAUGAGCAAAUUACAGAGCAAUUUCUAUUUUAUCUCUUUAUUUGGAACAGUAGAGUUUAUAAUCUUUCGAAGUUAUGCCUAUUCAAAGUGGCAUGUUUUAGUGGACAAAGUGUACGAUAUUGUUAACAUGCAGUGGCUGAUUGAUCCUUUGU